AUGGCGUUCCCCUUGGACCAAGCUCAAUUGUUGAACCAUUUGAGAACAUCGUAUCUAUCUAUGGGCGAUGAAUCGGAAUACUUUAGAAGAAUCGUUGCCCCCAACUACCCUGAUAAUGGCCCAUAUUUCAAGGGGAGCGUUCCAUAUGCUCCAUUGCAAAACUCACCACCAAUUACGUUCGAAAUCGGGAGCCAAGUGAAGAGGAGAAUCGAGAAUAGCCCACACCAGCAACGGAAAAAUUCAGGCGAUGCGGAAGAGUAUUCAAGAAGGCGAAAGGGCAAAACAAAACGGCAACUGCUGGGGUCAACUAAACACCAGAUACAGCAAUUGAAUGCAGCUUACUCUGGGAGCUUGAAUAAUGGGUCAAUCAAGGAUAAUAUCCCCCCUUCGGACACAACUGAUAGAGUACACGGUGAUGACGAUAGCGACAAAGACCCCAUUGAGUUGGAAGAAGUCCAGGAAAAGAUUCUGGGCCAAAAUCAUUUUGGUGCAUUGCACUCAAGACAAAGCAAAAAGAAAUCAAAGUCUAAACUGAAAAUCCCCAUUGUCAAGUUUUUCAAGUCGGGGAAAAAUGAACUGACGGAUUCAGAUAGCAGUGACGAUGAGAGACGAGCGUCUAUCGUCACCUAUGGAUCCUCACAACUUUCCACUUCAAAAGAAGAUACCACGGAUAAAGAGGAGCUGUCUACCGCUGGAUACUCCAAGAGCUCACUUAGCAUUGACCAAGUCGAGCCACGUAGCAGCUCAAUUCAGUACAACCUGUCGUCCGAUCAAGUCCAAGACAGUGGGAGCUCCCUUGGAUUCAAUGACAAGUUUUUGGAGGUCACAACAGAUGACGAAGAUGACGCUGAAGACGACCAUGGUUUCGAGACCGAUGGUGAGAUAUCCGACGACUCCGAGUUCACUGAUUUAGAUAAUGAUACAAUUUUGGAAUCAUAUUCGCGAUCGGACUCCAUUAGUAAUGCGCUAGACAAACUGAUCCAGAAUAAGGAGUACAUGGGUCCACAGUUUAGUAUGGUUAGGAAAAAAAGAGCCAACACGUUCGGCGACCACACUGCUCCAAAGAACGUUGCCAACUAUCUAAACAGUCAACCAGUGGGACUCAAUUUGAUGCAAGUACGAUCGUUUGGAAAUUUGGUUGAGCUCGAAAAACCUUCGCUUUCAUUUCCCAAGGUAGAGCCAAAGAUUUCAGAUACUAUUCAUGCGUCGAACUUGAGCUCAAUGAUUCUUUCAAGAUUCAAGUCCACCACCGUGAACCCCUUAAAUUAUUAUCUAUUUGUUGAUGGCACGGUUAGUGCAAAUUCUUCAAGAGCUACACAAUUGAAUGUAUUUCUACCUCCCAAAACAAAGCCAACGUUGAAAAAUUUGAGUAUAGAUCGCAGCGUAUCAAUAGCAGACUGCAUAGGAUUCAUAUUGUUGAAUUUGUUGAAACUUUCUGAAGUAAGUGAGUUGAAUGAUCCUUCAUUUUUAAACCCGAACUUUUGGAGGCUAGAGCUAGUUGAUGAAGACGGUGAAAACUACGGCUCUUUUGGGGUUUUGGAUAGAAACAGAACCUUUGCCUCCUACAACAAUCCAAAAGAUUUGGCGUUAUGUCGUGUAAAGGAUGUCGUCGAAAUUGACAGAAAUGAGACCUUGUCGCCUCUUCCAAUAGAAUUUAAACAAAACCUAACCGCAUUUGAACGAAAGAAGAAAAGCAUUGAUCAAGGAGACGAUGAAGUUCCUAAAGUUGAACUCUUGGUUAGUGUUUUUGAGUACGAUAAUAGUGGGAUUCCAAUCAAGGUUUCAUUCAAGGCUCCUCGAAAUUAUACAAUGGGGCAAGUAUUGAAAGAUUUUUGUGUCCAAAGAGGGCUUAUCACCACUGAAUACCGCUUCAAGGUCGUAGAAGCUGAUGGAAGAAAGAGUAGGUUUGUAAAGGAUGUUGAACUUUGUGGAAAUUUACAUCUGACUAUCUUGGAGUUGGUUCCUUCUGAUACAAAGUUUAAUUUGAUACUUGACAGAGAGGAAAAAAACAGCCAAUUGAAACCAACAACCAGUCCGGAUAUAUUUCCUGCAAAUUUAACUGCACCAAACAUCACCCCAUACAAUGACGAGUUGGCUGCCAAGGUGCAGGACAUCAAGUUGGAAAGUUCAGCAACACCAGCACAAAAUAAGCCAGAGCAGGUUAAAUCAAAACAACCGCCCAAGUCGACAACGAAAUCAAAUAAGGAGCCUAUAGCAUCGAACAAGUAUUUGGAUGAUAUAAUACAGGGCAAUAACCCACAGCUCCCGACAAACAUCAAUUCAAUUUAUUUCAAGUGGAAAGUUUUGAAAAACAAUAGCAAGAUGAAGAAGAUGAAACUCAAGACUUUUACUGAAAAGAGCUUUAUAAUCGAUGGAGACUAUAUUCAUAUAACGCCUCCAGAUGAUUUAAUGUUGAAGAAUAUGGGGGAGUCUAUGUCCCAAAAUCAACUAACCAAUUUUAACCAACAUCAUACAUACCACAACUUGAACCAGCAGCUCAACCGGGUCGCCAAUAAGCAGCUGAUGAAAACAUAUUCCUUCCACAUCACCCAAAUAAUGAAAGUGAAACAGUAUUCCAAACACCCAACCCAUUUUCGAAUUAUUGUGCAACGGCAACAAGCUGAUGGCGAAAAUGGGUCCAACUCGAAAGACCCAAUGAAGAAGUUUUACUUGGUGUCGGUGUCCGAGUCGGAAUGUUCAGAAAUUAUUAGCAAAUUAAGAUGGGUGUUGCAAGCUUACAAGCUUUCGAGUGGGGUUAUAUAG